GCAUCAGUCUGUCUAUCAAUUCAUUCUGGCAUCGCUAGUGGGUGUUGUUGUACGAACAGUGUGCACAACGCUAGAUGACGCGCCUUUUAUAUUCGUUAAAAAGCAUCGUAUUUCGUUCGUCGUUAAAUUUUACUUGACGGUGGGCCGGAUAAAAUGUUAAUUGCUCCAAAAUGCUUUCUGCAGAUAAUCAAUGAGUUACUUCAAUUCGUUCGUGUCGAAAGUUUUUACGUGAAUUGGCAUAAAGCUCCGUGUGUUUGAUUUACAAAAAGCAUACAUUUUUUGCUCACAAUUAUCAUUUUUGUUUAUUAUUUCGAACGCUUUACGUUCAAACACUAACAAGUAUAAUGUCCCUGAGUGCUAGUGCUGAAAAUUUGUCCGACGUGAUUGGUGGAAGCGACAGCAACAUGUGCCUGGAAUUAGCCCUAGAAGGCGAGCGUCUCUGCAAAGCUGGAGACUGCAAAUCGGGCGUUGCGUUUUUUCAAGCUGCGAUCCAAGCUGGAACAGAUGAUUUGCGAACACUCAGUGCUAUAUACAGUCAAUUAGGAAAUGCUUAUUUCUAUUUGGGCGACUAUGGAAAAGCUAUGGAGUACCAUAAACAUGAUCUCACUCUUGCCAGAACUAUGGGUGAUAAAUUGGGCGAAGCUAAAUCCAGUGGGAAUCUAGGAAACACUCUCAAAGUGAUGGGAAAAUUUGAUGAAGCCAUGAUUUGUUGCAAACGACAUUUGGAGAUUUCUAGAGAAAUUGGUGAUAAGCUAAGUGAGGGCAGAGCUCUAUACAAUUUGGGAAAUGUUUAUCAUGCAAAAGGAAAACAAUAUGGUAGAGUCGGAUAUUUGGAUCCGGGGGAAUUUUCUGAAGAAUCAAGACAAUCAUUGCAGCAAGCAGUUGGUUAUUACGAAGAAAACUUGGAGCUGAUGAGAACAUUAGCAGACUCAGCAGCACAGGGUAGAGCAUGCGGCAACUUGGGCAACACCUAUUAUUUGUUGGGUGAUUUUCAAAAAGCUAUUUUUUAUCACAACGAGCGACUCAAAAUAGCUCGAGAGUUUGGAGAUAAACCAGCGGAGAGAAGAGCUAACAGUAAUUUGGGAAAUUCACACAUAUUUCUUGGUGAAUUUGAGAAAGCAGCGCAGCAUUACAAACGUACGCUUGUCCUUGCACAAGAAUUAGGGGACCGUGCGGUAGAAGCUCAAGCCUGUUAUUCUCUGGGAAAUACUUAUACACUAAUUCGCGAUUAUUCAGCAGCGAUUGAAUAUCACUUGCGUCAUUUGGCCAUAGCGCAACAGUUGAUGGAUCGAGUAGGCGAAGGCAGAGCUUGUUGGUCGCUGGGAAAUGCGUAUUCGGCGAUGGAAAAUCACGAAAAAGCGUUGCAUUUCGCGACGCUUCAUCUCAACAUUUCCAAAGAGUUGGGCGAUACAACGGGCCAAGAAACGGCUCAAACGAACGUUGCAGAUUUACAAAAGAUUCUCGGGCUUGAGAGUAAUCAACUGGAAAAUGGCAAAGCUCGAAAUAACAAUGCGACAAGUUUAUCCAUAACGUCAACCAUUAAUUCAUCAUCGCCAGGGCGAUACAGAUUGCGGCGCCAAAGCAUGGAUAAUCUCGACCUUAUAAAAUUAACGCCCGAUGGCAAACAAAAAGACAUUAGCGAACAGUCACUCGUGAGAUCUGGAAUUGCACCUCAACCCUCGCAAGAGGAAGAAGAAGAAAAUUUCUUUGAACUCUUGUCUCGUUUCCAAUCUGGGAGAAUGGACGAUCAACGAUGCGUUCUCAAUGCCAAUCGGAAACCGAGAACCAAAGCACCACCACCAGAAAAAGAAAAAGACGGAGAAGAAUUAAUGGAGCUUAUAGCUGGCAUGCAGAGUAAACGAAUGGAUGAGCAAAGAGUUACGUUGCCAUAUUUGCCUGGUUUGAAUACAAAUCGCAGCAAUAUCGCAAACAUUAAAACUCCUGCACGGACGCCUCAAGAUGCUGAUGAUACAUUCAUCGAUAUGUUACUUCGUUGUCAAGGUUCUAGAUUAGAAGAUCAACGGAGUCCGUUACCAGUUGCUCCAUCUUUGCAAGACGCUGAAGAAGAACAAAACCAAAGGCCGAACGGGAAUACUCAAUCGGGUGCGACAGUGCCUGAAGAAGAUUUAUUUUCUCUGAUUCAGAGGCUACAAGCCGGACGAAUGGAAGAUCAGCGAGCAUCAGGGCCUCGGGCCAAAAAUUAGAUCCCGAGAAGCGCGAUUUAGCAACAAUCUGCGUUGAAAUACGUCGACAUUGCGACUUUUUUUCUUCUCAACUAGGAUGUACGAUCGUUUUCGUAAAAAGAAGCUCUACAAUCUUAAAAAAAGAUAUUAGAACGAAGAAAUCCGGGAGUUUCAGCUGACAAAACAGUCGGUUCGCCUUAUUCGAAUCAUUUUGAUUGUACUUCAGUUGAAAACGUGCCAGAUGCUUGCUUCUAACUUUUUUUCUGAAACUUUUUACGCUCUCUUUCUACGCACGAAAAUCUUCGAAUUUUGUGGACUUAAUGAGCCUCGAACUUAUUGUAAAUACACAAUUCCUCGUGUCGAUUUUUUAUUAAUUUAGCUACUACGAGCUGAUUUUUUCAUUUCAUUUUUCCACGAGGAAUGACAAAGAGCUAUGAAGAUAGUGCCAAAUUUGGGUCAUGGCCAUAUUGGAAUAAUUCUGAGAUUUCGCCUUUGAUUCUAUGAGAAAACUGAAAAACAACAAGUUACAAGUAAUCAUCAAUCAAUGAGUAUUAAUAUUUUUAGAGCAGAAUAAGCUUUCUGAACGCUAUCCUACGUUUUGGAGUGAGAAUCAUUUCAACGUAUUGCAUUUCAUCUUUUUUACUCAUUAUUAUUUGUUAGUAACAUCCAUUCAAUAUUAUUCAUCAUUCGAAUCGUGCCUCUAUUAUUCCCUUUUUUAAUUGUAACCAUAAGUAUUGAUAUUAUUGAUAAAUUUUAUCAAAAAUUAUCUUCCAACCGUGGUAGAAAAUGCUCCUCUGCCCUGUGUCGGUGCUCACUCAAAUAUUACGUGUACUUUCGUCAGUCUGUGCUUCGAGGUACUUCUAAAAAGACAUUAUUCGUCACUGCCACGCGCGCACUACUCUGAGGUCGACUUUUAUGCCUAAUUCGUAUGAGAUUUUAGAUAGGACCUUUUUUAUCAUUGGAGAUAAAUAUUAACAAAGCUUUUUAUCCUUAUCUUGUUGAUGAAGAAAGAAGUUUCUCCGUUACUUAGACGAAAACUAUUAUUUUUCUCGAUAAAACUUCCUGAAUUUUAUCAAUCAAGUUUCGAAUAAAUUAAGGACUUUUUCUUUAAACACUGACCGUGAAUAUUUGAAUUGUCUUUUUUCGGUGAAAAAUCCAAAGAUGACGACGCAAAAUUCUUAUCGAAUUGAAAAAUCUUCAGUUUUCCAAAUAUUUUCUAUCGAAUUAUUAACAAAGUAAGGGAAUGAACAAUGAAUAUCAGAAACGAGUAUUUAGAAAACAAAACGAAAAAACAAUCAUUUUAUUUUUUUUUCAAACGGUUUAUCGUUUGAAUAAAUAAUUAACUAUUUUUUUACACAUUGUUAUUACUGCAAAUUUAUUUUUGCAAGUUUUAAGAAGAGUUGAAUAUUUUACUAUACGAUGAAACGUUUUGUUUGAAAAAUUUCGUAAAAUUGAUAAAUUUUCGUUGAACAGUCACGUGUGGUCUCCUCGCCACGAAUUAUUUCGUCCUACGAAUAUUUUGGAUGCGUCCUGAUAACGCAACUGUUCAAAUCGAAUCAACAUUUUAGUAGUUCAGUUCGACGAGAACAUAGCAAAUGGAACGGUGGCUACAAAUGCUCAAAAUAAUGAAAGUGGUACUUGAAAAUAGGUCGGACAUUAAUGCACGAAUAAAAUAAUUUUGAGUUUUUUUUGAAGCUUCAUUUUAUCAUUUCUCAAGAAAAUUAAAUUUCCAUCAAAAAAAGCUUGUGGUUCUGCAAAAAAAAUAAAUAAAUAAAACAAAGAAAUUUAACGUAUCAGGGUUUUCUUCCAAAUGUUAUUGUUGGCAAUCCGCUGUCGAUUAUUAUUAAAUUAUUGAAAGGUUCGUCCACGCUGUUUUGGACUGAAACGAACAAAGAAAAGACACUUGAAGUAUCCAUUGCUGUUGUGGGAGUAAGAAUAUCCAUUGUACAAGAGAAAAGCCAGAAUUGAUGUAAAGAGUAAGAAAAUGAAGGAGAAAAUGAAGAUGAGAAAAUUGUAAAUUAUGAAGAAUUGGUGAUAAUUACGAGAUAGUUGACAUAAUUACUCAAAUUUUUUUGUCAAAUGUUUGAAAGAUCUAGUAUUCCCUCAUCUAUGAGACGAUAUUUGUCUCGCAUAUAUGAAAAUCUAAAAAAAGUUUCAUUUACGAGUCACUGAAUUCUCCAUGACAUAAUAGUUCACUGAUAUAACCAUAAAAUUUAUCACUGUCUUAAAGGAUCAUCGAAAAAUUUCUAAAAAGUUAUUAAAACAGUAAUAACGAA